GAAGAAGAAGAAGAAGAAGAAGAAGAAGAAGAAGAAGAAGAAGAAGAAGAAGAAGAAGAAGAAGAAGAAGAAGAAGAAGAAGAAGAAGAAGAAGAAGAAGAAGAAAGUCCCGCCCACUGACUGAUGGUACUUGGUUGCUAUGACGACACCAAGCUCUAAAGGGCUAACUACUUCUGCUCGGUUCAAGAGUUCCUAAAAUCGACAAGCUGUCAUGUCUGAGGUGUUUAAAGACAAGUCCCAGAGGAGAGGACAUGGAGCCCGAGGCAAAGAGGCCACAGGCAGGACCAAGGACUCCAUAAGCACUGUGUCGUACAUUGAUGAACUCGCACACCAUGAUGACAACGCUCGGAUGGCCAUAACAACGGAGAACACCUACCAGCUGGGACCAAAUAAACGCAUGCCUGUCCCUGCUGUCACAGACAUACUGAAGGACGUACUGACCAGUUACCUCCAGGAGGAGAAAUACGAAGUAGAAUGGUCUCAGAAAAUGACAAAAACAAUAUGUGAGGUGAUCAGAGCCCGUGUGAAGGAACUCAUGAUUCCCAGAUAUAAGAUCGUGGUCCUGGUCCACAUCGGCCAGCUCGCGGGACAGAGCAUGCAGAUCAGCAGCCGCUGUCUAUGGGACGCCGCUAAUGACACCUUCGCCUCCUUCUCCUUCAAAAACAGCUCUCUGUACGGCGUGGCCACUGUCUACGCUGUUUACUAUGAGUAAACCAUACACACAAAGACUGAUAAACACUUUAGAUUCCUAAAAGAUUUCUGCUGUUAAAGAGUAUAUUUUGCCAAGUAUCAAAUGAUAAACAAGAAUUUGUAAGCAAAAUCACGGUGUUUUUUAUUAUUGGUAGCAUGGAAAGUGAAAUUACAUUAUGUUCUGAAGAUUUUAUUUCAAUGUGUUGAUGAUUUUGGGGAUGUUGUCCUCUAGCAGAGCAUGGAGAGGUCACUCUUUCGACAGCCUACUUGGCAGCACACUGUUAUUAGCGCCUGGUUUAGGUCCCGCCACUGACGGUCAUUAUCUGUCCUCUUCAGUUCUGGCUCUCUGCGACCUGCAAACAGACAUAAACCAAUCUGUCAAUGAUUUGAAAUGAACCCCAAUGCUACAAAGAGAAAUAUAAGUGACUGUUCACUCACCGUCUUGCAAAGUCUCCUCUCCCCCCGUCACUCUUCUCCACCUGGAUCCUCCGCAGGUGUACACCACUGCCCGCAUUAACGCCCGGCCACACAGCCUCAGUGUGUUUUUGUUGUCCUGCGUCUGAACAUGCGCCACACACACCGUGCACAGCAGCAACGCAAGCAGGAGUACAGAUUUCAUGUUGUUUAUUUUCAGAAAACCUGAUCCAGAUCAACCCUUUUUAUACAGAGUCUACUGUGACGUCACACAUCUUCCUAUCUCUGGUCACCACCAUGCGCUUCAACAGCGGAUGUCCACCUGGUCAUUUAGGGAUAUGUGUGGGAAUCUAAGCCAUUGUCACUGAUUAAGGACGUUUUCUUAAAUGUUAAUGAGAAUGAAUUGCUCUUUUAUGUCCCUUUUUAUUGCCAUGGAUUUAGCAAAGUGUUUCCUAAUGGGUGGCUUGAGAUAUCCGUCCCCGAACAAACUGAGAUGAUGGCUCUCUACAUAGCAACAGUGGAGAGUGGGCCGCUAUCAUGGACAUAAAUCAGUGAUUCCAGGCAGAGACCUUUGCAUUAGCUGGGACAUUUGUUGUCAAAUUGAACUGUGUCAUGGAAUAAAUAUCACCUUCAAAUAGUGUU